AUGGGCAAAAGUACGCCAGAAUUCAAACCGACAGAUAACCCUGCUGCAUUUUCGGACAGUUUAGUCACAAAGGUGGUUAUUUGUGGUUUUUACACCAUGGUGUUAAUUUAUUCACUGAAAAGUUGGAAUAGAUCAUUUCAUUGGACAAAUGAAUAUGACUUGUUCACAAACGCACUGAGUGUGUGUCCAUUGAAUGCUAAAGUACAUUACAAUGUAGCUAAAGUAGCUGAUGCAAAACAAAAUAACAGCUGGGCUCUGGCAGAAUAUAAAGAAGCAAUAAGAUUGUAUCCUGAAUAUUAUCAAGCGAUGAACAAUUUGGCAAAUUUAUUGAAAAAUAAAAAUCAGUAUUCUGAAGCUGAACUAUAUCUUAGGAAAGCUUUACACUAUAAACAAGACUUCCCAGCAGCCUGGAUGAACCUCGGCAUAGUGAUGGCUAACACCAAGAGAUAUGAAGAAUCUGAUAAAGCCUACAAAACUGCUUUGAAAUAUCGAAAAAAAUAUCCUGACUGUUACUAUAAUAUGGGAAACUUGUACUUAGAAAUGAACAAAACAAAAGAGGCAAUAGAUAGUUGGUACAGAGCAAUCAAUUUGAAUCCCAAACAUGUAUCUGCUUGGACAAAUCUACUGGCUCUUUUAGAUAAUACAGGGCAAACUAACAAAGCGUUACAGAUAAUACCACAAGCACUUUUAGCUGUGUCUGAGAUGCCGUCAAUUAAUUUCGCUAUAGCAAAUAUUUACGGCAAAAUAGACAACUAUGUUGAAGCGGAAAAGUACUUCAAGAAAGCCAUCAAUUUGUUUGGUGAUAGAGUACAAGCUAUACACUUUGCGAAUCUAGGUUUAGAGGUAGCGGCAGCUUUUAUAGAGAACUUCAAAUAUUUUGAACCAACUGAGUGUUUGUCCAAAUUAAAAAUAUUAACUAGUGCUUGCUAUAAGCUUUUAGCAAGACUAGCGUUUUUUAAUAUUCAAGACAACGAAAUUAAGGAAGCCUUUAAUUACUUUCAGAAAUGUAUACAGUUUUGGGUAAAUCUUCCCAACAGUGAUAAAUUAAAUAGGCUAAGUAGAGACGGUGAAUAUAAGUUUAUUGGAGACCGUCUUCAUUUAGUACUUUUAUUGGCAAUAGAUAUUUUCACUUUCUUCACCACUGAACAAAAAAGAAAAUCUGCAGAUUUCCAAGACAUAUACGAGUUAACUUUCAAAGAAGAAAUUUUAAAAGAUAAAGAGGAUGUUGUAAAACUGACCAGUUGCAAUCAAACCACUCUCACAACAUACCUAGACAAAAGUCACAUAGACUUUUUAGAUGUCUGUCAGACACUAGUGAUGUAUGUCAGUGUCGACAUUUUUUGUGCAUGGACAGAAUAUGAAGAGGAUGGUAAAAGCAUGCAACAAAAGAUUGGAGAACUGUGUUAUAAAGUCACAGAAACUCUGAAUAAAAUAAAUAGUAUAUCAGAACAUCCUGUGCUUAAUAUGUUGCAGCAAAUCUCUACUAAACCUAUGAAUUUGGAAGAUGUUAUAAAUAAAACUGAUAUUAAUGUUAUAAUUGAAAAUAUAAAUAAGGCAGAUGAUAGGUCACAGUGGAUAAAAGCUUUAUUAUAUAGAGAUAAAUUAUGUGUGGAACAUCUACUUCUUGAGCAGUUGUCAAAUUAUUUAGAAGAACUGAAUGAAGAAGAAUGUUAUAAAUUAUUCCAAAUGUUUAAUAAGUUUAUUCAAGAUCAAAAAGAUGCUGACGAAUUCCUUAAGUUACUGUGUUUAAAACUAUUUCAAAAAUGUGAUAGAAAUAUAAAAUAUGACAUAGUAGAAAAUCAUUUCAGUAAUGAAACAUUUAACAAUUCUUUAGAAACUAUGGAGUAUCACAGUAUGGAAACUGAGAUUUUCAAUAAACUUAUCAUAAGUUCCGAUGAAGAUUUCUCAGUUAUCUUGUGUUUACUACUACAAAAUCCUAAAAAGGUAUAUCACAAAAUAUUCUCCCUUGCAAGUGAAAAUAUCCAUCAGGCAGAUAUUAUGAAUAAGGUGAUGAAAAGCUUGGACAAAUUCUCCAAGCAUUAUUAUACUGAGGAAACAGAGUCCUCUAUAAUAUCAACUAUAAAUGGAAUCAUAUCUGGUUUAGAUUCUGAAGUAAAAAGGAACAAUUUUAUUCAUUUUUUAACAUGCAUAAAAAGCAGCAGUAUUCCUGGACCAAAACUUCUUCUGUUGGUGAUAAUGCCAAACUUACACACUGGUCUUUUAAAGAAGAAUAUCGAGCAAAUAUGUGUACAAUGCAAACUAUUGCAGGAAGCUUAUUCCUUAAAUGAGUUAGUACAGUACAGAGCCCCUACUCUGGCUAUGCUCGCACAAGUACUCGAUACAGUUAGAUGGAAAAUAAAUACAUUUACAUCUAUAGCACCCCCUACUUUAGAACUUGUCAUACAAUUACAAACCGCAUUACUAAAUACAUAUGAAUCAAACAUCCCAGAAAAUGAAUCUGUAUGGUUAAAAAGUAAAUUGAGAAAUAUAAACCCUUUAAACAUGUAUUACUUCAGAUUGUUAUGGAAUCCACCAGGUAAUACAUUUGUUGAAGUCAUAAGCGGCAUACACAUACACAAAGAUAUGGACUUAGAACAUUUAGUGGUAUGGUUAUCUCAGUAUAAAUUCUUUACAUUACCAUUGAAGGAUAGCGACAUCAGUUUUGUUAUCAACAAAUUUGCAAUAAUAGAUAGUUAUCUUGAGGAAAAUUAUGUGGAAGAAGUGAAAAAUGUAAUGUUACCACUAUUUAGUUACAUUGCUGAGAAAAAAGAAACUAUAGAAUAUGAUAUAUUGCAAUGUUUGCAUAACAAAUUCAAACAUGAAAUAUUUAUGGGCAUGAUAAACAAUCUGUUCAAUAAUAAAAUGGUUGCAGAAUAA